CGGCCGCCGCGAGUGAGCCGUCGGCGAGCGACGAGCGGCCACCGCCAGCCGCCGAGGGGCGCCGGGCCCGCGCGCGCGCACGCACGCACGCACGCGGGGGCGGGGGCAGGCGCGCGCCCGCCUGUCGCGACAGUCGGGGCCGAGGCCCAGGGGGAGGUGGCCUGUCGCGGGUCGCCCGGCUCCCGGAGGCGAGGGGGGCGCGGGCGGAUGGCGGAAGGCGCCCAGCCGCAGCAGCCGCCUCAGCUCGGGCCCGGCGCCGCUGCCCGGGGGAUGAAGCGGGAGUCGGAGCUGGAGCUGCCGGUGCCCGGAGGGGGAGGAGACGGAGCCGAGCCCGGCCUGAGCAAGCGGCCGCGCACCGAGGAGGCGGCGGCCGACGGCGGCGGCGGGAUGCAGAACGAGCCUCUGACCCCAGGUUAUCAUGGAUUCCCAGCACGGGACAGCCAGGGUAACCAGGAGCCAACAACAACUCCUGACGCAAUGGUUCAGCCUUUUACUACCAUCCCGUUUCCACCACCUCCACAGAAUGGAAUUCCCACAGAAUAUGGAGUGCCACACACUCAGGACUAUGCCGGCCAGACCAGUGAGCAUAACCUGACACUCUAUGGAAGCACGCAAGCCCACGGGGAGCAGAGUAGCAACUCACCCAGCACACAAAACGGAUCUCUCACGCAGACGGAAGGGGGAGCCCAGACAGAUGGCCAGCAGUCACAGACACAAAGUAGUGAGAACUCCGAGAGCAAAUCCACCCCUAAACGGCUGCACGUCUCCAAUAUUCCCUUCCGCUUCCGGGACCCCGACCUCCGACAGAUGUUUGGGCAGUUUGGCAAAAUCCUAGAUGUAGAAAUAAUCUUUAAUGAACGUGGCUCUAAGGGAUUCGGGUUCGUAACUUUCGAGAAUAGUGCUGAUGCAGACAGGGCCAGGGAGAAAUUACACGGCACCGUGGUAGAGGGCCGUAAAAUCGAGGUGAAUAAUGCUACAGCACGUGUAAUGACCAAUAAGAAGAUGGUCACACCAUAUGCAAAUGGUUGGAAAUUAAGCCCCGUCGUUGGAGCGGUAUAUGGCCCUGAGUUAUAUGCAGCAUCCAGCUUUCAAGCAGACGUGUCCCUAGGCAAUGAUGCAGCAGUGCCCCUGUCGGGAAGAGGGGGUAUUAACACUUACAUUCCUUUAAUCAGUCUCCCUUUAGUUCCUGGCUUCCCUUACCCGACUGCAGCCACCACGGCGGCCGCUUUCAGAGGAGCCCAUCUGAGGGGCAGAGGGCGGACGGUAUACGGUGCGGUCCGAGCGGUACCUCCAACAGCCAUUCCCGCCUAUCCAGGUGUGGUUUACCAGGACGGAUUUUACGGUGCUGACCUCUAUAUAUUUGCCCUGUUGAAAGCCCCAGCCAAGACUGUGAAGAAAGAUGGAUCUGGAAUCCUGCCUUCAUUUCUUAAAUCUGAGACCGGGUCCUACGGGGAGAGUUUACUUCUGCUACUGUCCCGGACCGGAAAGCGCAUCCCUGCGCCGGGCGGAGCUCCGUUCUGUGCCAGAGGAACGAUGACAUGCAGACCGAGGCAGUUUGAAACAUUCUCCUCCCACGGCGGAUACGCAGCCUACAGAUACGCCCAGCCCGCCACUGCGACCGCGGCCACAGCUGCCGCCGCCGCUGCCGCCGCCUACAGCGAUGGUUACGGCAGGGUGUAUACGGCCGACCCCUACCAUGCCCUGGCCCCUGCCGCUAGCUAUGGAGUUGGCGCUGUGGCGAGUUUAUACCGAGGUGGCUACAGCCGAUUUGCCCCCUACUGAAGUGACGUGAGACCCUGCAAAUGGGACAGCCCCCCAGUUCAUGAGGCCUGGCUAUUGCAAUAUUUACUAGUAGAGGAACUCUAUAGCAAGAUGAAGAGGAAAACAAACAAACAAAAAAACACAAAAAAAGAGAGAAUACUUUUUUAUACCUCACUAUGUUCUUUGAAUAUGUAUUUUUCCUUUACAUUUCUGCCUUUAAUUCUUUUGUUCCAAAGAUUGUGCAUUUUUUUUCUUUUUAUUUUCUUUUUUUUUUUAACUGUGGUAAAAAAAAAAAAAAAAUAAUGCAUUUCCAUGUCUGUAUGUCCGUGCUUAGCUUAUUCUGUCAAUCACGGAAGAGGCAGUUAAUGAGGAAGGGGAGACCCUAGGAGCUGAUGCACGCAUGUGAUCAGAAAUCAGCAGACAGAGCUACCAAAGUGUAUGCGGUGCCGAGUGGCUGGGGGGCGAGCACACGUGGAGGAGAUCUUUCCGCAACAGGAUGUUCUUCUAGUCUUCUGAGUUUCUGGUCUUCGGCAGGCGGUUCUGAUGGGCUGUGGCUGGAAUCCACAUGCUGAUAGACGACAGGAAUUUGUGCUUGCAAAGCAAGAGGAUUAAAAAGACACUUUCCUCUCCUCUUCCCCCCUGUCUUCUCCAUCCUUUUUACAAUCAUCUUACCUGCGCAGCCUGAGACGGUUGGCAUCGUCUUUGGAAUUAUAGUAUUAAUAUUUCCAAACAUGCUCUCAGACUGUGGCUAAUAAACACCUCAUUAGGAAACUGAUCUCAGAAUGAACUCUGGAGUGUGAAAAAGACGAUUCUCUUUUUUCCUGAGAUCCUAGCACUCCUGCUGGGUUUCUUCCCCUUUCUCUGAACCACAGCUUAGCUCAUCUGUCCUUCUAUGAACUCCCUGCUCCCGAGUCCUCAAGAGUCAGGAAUUUAGGACCGAGGGACAGGAGAAUAAAUAGCGACCACAUUUCUCGGCUGGAGGGUUAGAAGUACAAAGUGUCGGGAGCCAGUAAAGAGGGUAAGGAAGAGAAAAGGGAUCUCCGAUGAUGUCUGGCAGGGCUCUGAUAUUCCUGUGCUUUCUGGCCUCAGGAGGUCAGUACAAGGUAUGAAGCAUACGAAGUGUUGGCAAAAGAUGAAGCACCGAGUCCUGGGGCGGCUGUCCCUGGAAGUUUGUGGUGAUCAGGGCAUGUAAGGGCAGGCAAAGGUACUUUGUACUAACUAGCUCCAAAGCCAUAGGAAUUUCCAUCUUCCAGAGCAUUCUGUGAGCCACUUCUGUGUCCAUGGUCUUGAGCUCCCAUGGCCUCUCCGCCUGGCUCCUCAUUAUCCUCCAAAGACACCCAACCGAGCACUUGACCCCUUGGCAUACAUGGACACUACAGGACACAAAAUCCAGAGCCCCCGGGGUUCCUCCCCUCCCCUAGUGGAAGGAGGGUGUGACCUGGCAAAGAUCUCAUGUUGCCAGAAAGAGUCGUGUGGUGGCCACUGCGGUGAGUCACUCCUGUGGCCCCCCCGGCUUUGACUUCAUGCAUAUAGACAAAGUAGGGGAGAAGGCGUUUCUCUUCUAGCUACUAGCUGUCAGCGAUAAAGGCAAGGGUCCUGCAGCAUUUCCAAAACGAAGGCAUUAGAAAACAGAAAAGCACGGUCUGUUUGGCUCCCUGGUCUAUUCACAUUGGUACUAGGGUGACCUCUCACCCAAGGGACAGCUGCUAAAGGGAGUAAUUCAGAGACAUGGAGCUUCCGGUUUGUUAUGGGUUUGUUUUCCAUUUGUUUUGUUGUUUUGUUUUGUUUUGUUUUGUUUUUUUACUCCUGCCUCCACACAUGUUCUUGACUGAUAACUGAUUCAUGUCCCUGAAUUAAAAUGACUGACCUAUGACAGCAUCAAGCAUUCUUUGUAAGCAGAGUGAUCUAUCCGGGAGGGACUGGCCUGUUGUGUAAAGUACAUGCCUUCUCCCCCUGUGGAGCCCUCUCUCUGCCGAUGAGUGGGGGAGAGGCUUUCCCUGAAAUGAGGGAGACAUCAAGGAAGCUAGAGGCCUCGAUGCAAUCUUACUGAUGCUGGGGAGGAAAGCACGGACUAGGGGACAUCAAACUGCCCCGGGCCAUUGGCCAUUUUUAUGGGUUCCCCUCCCCAAGCCAAAGUUUGGUUCGUUGCUGUUAAGACAAUUUUUGUUGUAUGUAUAUAAAUAUUUUAGUUAGAGGAAGGGAUAUGGGAUGUGGGGCUUUCGCUGUUCUAGGGAAUGGGGGCAGGGAAGAUUUUUUUGUCUUUUCUUUUGCUUUUGUUUUGAGGGAGAGCUUUUACUCACUAAAGAAGGAGAAAUUUCAUGUCAUGUUCAAAUAGGGGCCAUUCGCAGAAAUGGUAAGCCACCGCGCAGUGGAGACAAGGCCAAAAUUUAAAUGGUUGUGUCUGUAGCAGGGGAGGAGAAUAGGGGAAUGAGUUUAGUGAUUUUCUCUUCUUUUUUCCAAGAAAGAGACAAGGAUGGCGGGCAAGGUAGAGAGGGCAGCUCCCACUUUUAAAAGAGGCAGAAGCUCGAGCGUGGGCUGCCUUCACUGCAUUUCAGUUCAGCUGGUUCUGGCUGAGGACUCGGCAGGCAAGCUCUGUGCGUUCUGCUGCAUUUCCAGGGAUGGUUGUAACACGGCUUCCUCCAGCUCCUUUUUCUAAGGGAGGCAAAGCAGACUUGCGCUUUCGCUCAAGGGCCUCUGCUCUUCAGCGUCAGCACCGAGAGUAGGAGCUCUUGUGAGCGCCCAGAUGAGAGCACAGCGGCCUCCCCGUCUCCCUUUGAGCUCUGAGACUCCGCACGGCCAGCUUCACCGGAGGCAGGUUCCUCGAAGCACCAGUGCUUGUCCGCUCCCGGCUCUGGCUCCCGUUGGACUAGGAAACAGAGGCGGAAGAGAGUUUGGCAUCUGUGGGUCAUUAGAGGAUGCUGGUUGAUGAUUCCAAAAAACACUGAUGCUGAGUCACAGCACGUGAAUGAUUUCCACAGCUUUACUAUAGCUCACGGCGUGGACUUCCGUACUUAGCAUCUCACUCCUAGAAGCCGGCCUCCUGUAAGGAGACCGCUAGUGAAAACCUUUAUCUCCUGACCCUCUUUCGGCCCAGAGAGCUAACCUUUGGUCCUUUCCGGCCACGAAUCCGUGUUCGUGGCUCAGCUCCCUCGAACCCGGCUCAGCCACUGCAACUCACCAUUUUUAAGGCUCUCAGGUUUUCCCAGACUUCCCAUCACCACCAUCCUCCGACAGCCAUGGGUGGGAUUGAGCCAAUGUUAUUUUUCCUUGAAAAAGAAGGGGUCUGGGGCCCCCCUCUUAGUUCAAGGGGAUCUAGUGGAGAUUAUUCAGUAGAAACCAGUGGUAGCCGCUUUUCCUCAAAAGUCUAACUCCUCAGGGGCUGAACCGCUCUUACUUUAGGUUCCCGUUCCUAUUCCUAGCGAUGUCGCAGACACGUAUGAGCACUACCCCCAUCACCAGUCACUUAGCUUCCAGGUGGGAGGGAUGUCCCAAACUCGGGAUUGAAGCCGCCCCGAGGGUCUGCCAGAAGGGCUCCAUAACGCCCCUUCCCUGGAGGCGCCCUGGCCAGGAGCGGGGAGGGAAGUGGCUCGCGCCCUCCCGUCUCACCCAGUCUGGCCUCCUCUGCUGCUUGCAACUAGCCCAGUAACAUUUGCAGAACUGCAGAUCCCCACCCCCACCGCAAAGAUAGGAAGAAAGGGACUUCGGGGGUGGGGAAGGGACAGUGGUGUUUUAAAAAGCAUACGUUACCUGUUUGCACUGUUUUAAGGUAGGAAGAAAGAAUAGUGGGCGAGGUGAACAUCAGACGUAAACCUGUGUGUUUGUUUUGUCGCGCUCCUGACAGUGUCCGGCCGUCUGUAGUACACACCAGUGAGACUUGGUUCUGUGACGUAAAAUACUAUUUUUUUUCUUUUCUUUUUUUUUCUUCUUUUUUUUUUUUGGUAAUGUUACUGUCCAGAAGCCUCUUCCCUCCCCUUCCCUUUUCCUAUGUACUUCCUCCAUACUUGCUUUACUGAUCACCCAGGCAAUAGCCAUCCAGGAGCUAGAGCGUGGGGCAGGGCCCGCUCCGGGUGGGCGCCCCCCGGUGUAGUGAGCGCGGUCGAGCCCGGGCACCUGCCUUUCAGAUGAGGCUUUCGGCCCAGGCUGCGGCCUGGUCUCCAGUUGCUGAAUCAGAUGCUCUAGGAGUGAGGAACCGAGGGCGCGGGGGAGUCUCUCGAGUUACCCAAGUUGGCUGUAGGAGCUGUUCUCCUCCCUGUUACCCGGACUGUAGCCAGUGAGCAGUUUACUCAGGAAAACGGUAGAUCAACUCAGCCAUGGUAGUGCUGGUCGGCAGGGACUGGGGACCGAGAGGGCCGCUCGCCAGCCAAAACGCGAGCCUUGCCUUUAAGGAGACUGCCCUCGGGGGGCCCGGUCCGCUCGGGCUCGCGGUCACACGCGGGGCGAAGAGGGACCGUCCGUCCUCUUUCCUCCCCCCACCCCCUGGCCCCGGUUACCGACGCCAGGUCCCCAGGGGGUACAUGUGUUUUUGAAUUUUUUUAAAAAGUGACUUUUGGUUUAGUUUUUCUGGGGACUGAUAAGUGCUUUAAGCAACGUCUAUACCCCGUCCAGACUCCCAGCUUAGCCAUUUUCUCGUGUUUUUCUGUUCACAGUAUUUUCGUGUGUGUGUGCUUGUUUGAGCAGCUCAUUUCGGCUGUAUUAUAUAUCGAGUGAUGAAUUGAUCCUCUUUUUUACCCUAAGGGAUAUGAAUUGUUUUUUUAUCUUGUGUUAUAAUUCUGCUUUGUGAAUGGCUGGAGCAAACCUGGGGCUUGACAACACGUCAGCCGGGGCUGCGAAGUGCGGACGGGGCUGGUGGGGUUGCCUUGUCCCUGACAGGCUGGCCUCCCUGCGUCUCUGAGCUUUUCAGUCCGAAUCUCUGCAAGGCUAAAAACGCCACAGAACCUCUCCUCUUCUCCCCACUCCCCAUGGCAGGGACUGGACCAUCCCGACAUGCGACAUGCAGCUUCCCCGGCCCCCUCCCACUGCCAUGGCGAAACAGGUACCUUUGGGGCGUGGGGGCAUCACGUGGGAUGCUUGUGUAACCACCUCGCCUUCUCUCCCCACCCCCCACCCCCAGAGUCACUUCCUAGGACACCCGAGCUGUUUGCCCAGGGUCCUAUUUCCCUGCAAACCCCAGAGAAGCACCCCGGGGCUUUGUGACAGUCUCUAACUCCCUCCCCUUCCCGUUAAGAAUCAUAUUGUAUAGUAGCUUUCGGACCAUACAGUAUUCAUUGGGUUACUCCUAUUAUUAUCAAGUAGCUGGAAUUGUGAAGGUCGGAGUAGUUAGAUCUUUAGCUUUUAUUCCUUAUUUUUUUGUAUUACUAUCCAUGUGUAUAAAUUAUUGAUCAUGUUGCUGGCUUUUAUAAACUCUAAGCGAAGGAGGAGGAGCGCCGCCUCUGCCUUUGCAAACGGUAAUGAAGCACUGUUUUUAAAUAAAAGAGAGAAACACCA